AUGAUGGCCAGACCCAAACCCGAAUCUCUCCAAUCAAGUCCUGUCCCCUCCCGAAAUCCUCUCCCACUUUCUGCAGCCCAGGAAUCUCAGGUAAGAGAUCUCUAUUAUAAGAAAGUCCGAGGUCAUUGUGCCAAUGAGAUACGGGACUUCGCAUCAUGUGCUACCAACCGCACUAUUUCUGCAACCUGGGCAUGUCGGAAACAGCGUCUGGCGAUGAAUUCGUGCAUGAUUCAAUAUGCAUCACAAAAGGAGCAGGAUGCGGCAAGAGAGGAGUGGUUCGCCAACAUGGACUUGCGGCGACUUGAAAUGGAAGAAAAAAGGCGUCAAAAGGUGGAGGCUGAGAAGUUCUUCAAGGAAUGGUGGGAUAUCCCGAAGUCUUCAGGUCAAAACCAGGAAGAUAAGGCCGAGAAGGACUGA